UGAGAAUAUGCGUAACGCAACAUCUGUCAAAUUUGUAUACUAGCAACACCUUUUUGGCGAUUCUGCCUUUUCCGGCUCUUGUGUCAAAGAAAGUAGGCUUGACCAUGAAGCAAAUAGUUGCGAAUCAAAAAGUGAAGAUCCCCGAGGGGCUCACUGUACACGUUAAAUCGCGGUUGGUGACAGUGAAAGGACCGCGCGGAGUUUUGAAAAGGAACUUCAAGCACUUGGCUGUUGACAUUCGCAUGGUGAACCCGCGAGUCCUGAAGGUAGAAAAAUGGUUUGGCUCCAAGAAGGAACUCGCCGCCGUGAGGACUGUCUGCUCACACGUUGAGAACAUGAUCAAAGGUGUCACCAAGGGAUUCCAGUACAAAAUGCGUUCUGUAUAUGCCCAUUUCCCCAUCAACUGUGUCACAACUGAGGGCAACUCAGUCAUUGAGAUCCGUAACUUCCUUGGUGAGAAAUACAUCAGGAGGGUAAAGAUGGCACCUGGUGUGACCGUCGUCAACUCGCCCAAACAGAAGGAUGAGCUGAUCAUUGAAGGCAACUCCCUGGAGGAUGUGUCGAGCUCUGCGGCCCUUAUCCAACAAUCAACCACAGUGAAAAACAAGGACAUCAGAAAGUUCUUAGACGGUCUCUACGUGUCUGAGAAAACAACUGUUGAAGUGGAUGAGAUUUAAGGACAUAAAAUAAUUUUAAUUUGAUGAAAUUAGUUUUAUUUAUA